UCUUACCGCCCCCCUUGAUACCUGCAGCGCCCACAAGGGGGCGUUAUCGCCCACGUUGGGAAACACUGCUAUAUAGUAAGCACAGCUAUCGAAUUUGUUAACAUUUUUCUCGACCAAUCGACACGAGCCUAAUAUUGAAUGAUUGACAAAUUGUGUGGGAUCCAACGUGAGCAAAUGUUUUACAGUCAAAUGUUCGCGCAAUAUGGAAUGUAUGCUAAUUCCUCUAACAGCUGUCUCAAUCUUACGAUAAGCCACAUGACGAUGUUCCAGUAUCAGUUCGCGCACAGCAUCAGCAGUUUUCGAUUUUGGGCGACCUUUCCAAAAUUCGUCUUGGAGUGCUAUACAACCUCGAUUGAAUUCACCAUAACAUCGAUAAACACUGUGUUUGAUGAAGUUUCGUCGUCAAAAGUUUAGCUUAUUCUUUUAUGCACUGUUGCUGGGCCUCCACAUCGAAAGUUGUAAAAAGUAAUCACGUGAAAAUGUUCGCGAUUUAAUUCCAUUUUUUGGUCGAGGAGAACAUUUUAAGUUACUGUAAACAACACAAAUAGCGCUGGUAUGCCAAAACGUUCUGAGUUUGGAUAUCCUCAAAAAUGUCAAGCUUUACGAUAAAAUUAUGAGUUUCCGAAUUGCAACAACAGUGUUGCCAAAUCCUGAAAUAUAUAAAGGCAACCUGCGUACCAGGUUUAGUUUGAAAUAGCUUGAAGAAGUUCUUCUUGAUUCUGAUUGAGUAGGUGACGACCCUAAAUUGGAAGAGAUUUUAAAUAUAGGGCGCCAUGAAUACAAAUUCAUUAAAUGGAGUUGGGUUAAGUGGAUUUUAUGUUUUCCACGCAGCUUUUAAUAGCUCAUCACACGCAUUGUUUUCUCUCACGCUCUGCAGGAAUGAGACAAGAGUCUAUACUUUCUAAUUUCAGUUAUUACCGUAACACUAUUGAUUCAAAAUACACUAAAAAUUAAUCUCAAUUCGCUACCGAAAGGUCUAUCCUGGAGGCUAAACUAUCCGAUUGUGGUUCCAAAAACUCUCUGUUCACUAUGUAUAAAAUAUUUGAAUGCAUUAUGGGUGAGAGUGGCAGGAAAUAAAAAUGAUAUUAUAUUAUAUAAUAAGAUCUUGGUAAAUUGAGGCCCGGUCAGAUUUUCCUCGUUGUAAACCCUGAAAGCAAUGUUUCUAGAACUAUAAGCGACCUGAGCAUGAGGGUAUCUCAACUUUUCAUUAGAAACUUUUGUACAUGGUUCGAUCCCAAACAAGCCCAAGUGAGAAGAAAAUAUACGAGAAAGUGGUCCUAGAAUAUUGCCCUUAACUAUAACUGCUUACAAAUCGAGUAGUGCUCAAAAAUAUACUUAGUACAAAUCUAUCAUGUGCAGAAAUAUAGUACAUUUUUGAAAUAUUAUAUAUUGCCAUAUACUAAGUAUCAUCCAACAGACCAGGUAUAUGAGUAAAAUACUGUUUAGGACUAUAUUGUUUCCUUCUCUAUCAACUUUUCUAAAAUAGAAUAUGUGUGAGAUAAACCAGAGACAUUUUUAAAUAAAAAUUACAUAAGGCGGUAGAAAUUUAGGUCCGAUCAUCAAAUCCUUAGAACAAUCAGAAAGUUUUGAUAUAAGCUAUCGAGGCACACAAUAUCGAAAUGAUGGACAUAACCUCUUAUAAGUGCAAUUCAUAAUCUGUGGGUGUUAGAAUAUUGAAAAUGUUUAAAGAAUUUAAUUGAAGGACAGUCCGGACAAUGAACCAUAACUUUCCUUUUCUCUCCUUCCCUUCAUCUAGUGAUAAAUAACAUAACCUGAUUUGCAACAAAAAAACAUGUCUGGCUCUAUUGCUUAAGCGCAAUUAAACGGUUAUGCAUCUUGUCUUGAAUAGGCAAGCGAAUGUAAAAAGUCUAUUGGCGUUCUAUAAUGGAUUCAUCUUAUACAAUUCAUGCCUCAGUUCAUUUGACAAUUAUAACAAGUUUGGCUGGAUUUUGGAGGCCGUUGAAUUUGCAUUUGGCAAAGAUUUAGAAAGAAAUUUGGUAAAAUCAACGGGAAUUAGAAACAAUUGCAGUUUCUAUAAACACACACACAUACUCAAGCGCCGAAAUGCACAACCAGUGAACUUGUUCACAUAUUCCCGGUUUUAUGAUCGUCAAGACGGCAUCGAAUCUGGCAGCAAAUUGGAUUAUAAAAGCGCUACCAAAUUAAGCAAACAGUAUCAGAAGCAAUCAAGUCUUCCAUUAUCAUAGAUAUCACUGCCAACAAAUCGACAGAAAUGUUCAAAUACGUACUACUCGUCGCUUUCGUCGCUUACGCCUCGGCCGCUGCUGUCAGCAGCUCCGAUGAUGCUCAUGCCGAAGUCAGUGUACUGAAGUCCGAUGUCCGCGUCGAUGGUUUCGACACCGCCCUGGAGACCAGCAACAGCAUUCACGUCGUGCAACAUGGUGAUGAAAAGGGCAACAUCAACGGCGAAUACGGUUGGGUAUCACCCGAAGGCGAACACGUCAGUGUAAACUACGUUGCCGACGAGAGCGGUUACCACCCACAGAGCGAGCUCUUGCCCGUGGCUCCCCCAGUACCAGAGGCCAUCGUCAAGGCACUCGCAUACAUCGCAGCUCACCCCUCAAAGGAAAGCACGAACUAAGCGAAGCACUUGGAAUUAGAAUGGACAAAUGUGAUACGUAACGAUUUUGGAACGAUGCAAUUGAUUUUGAACUGGAACUGGAACUUAUGGUUCUUAUGAUUUGCUUGGCUAUAUGAAUAGUGAAAUCGUGGUUUCGACGCCACUCUUGAGCUUGAUCGAACUUUUCCACUUACAUAUUGCCGAAUUUUUCAUUUUAUAUUUUAAAUUUUUUAUUUUGUAAAUAUGUGUGUGUUAAAUGCAAAUAAAAUACUCCAGCAAACUGGUAAGCCAAGCUUUUACUCUUUAUGACACAGCCUUAACUGGAACGGAUAACACAUUAUCGGUUUUUUUACCAGUUAGUAUUGCAGUUAUAAUUGGCAGCAAGCAAAAUGAACGCCAUUGAUGAAAUUACGAAUAUAAAACUAUAUAGUAUUCUUAAUCUAACCGUAAAUAAAUGUGUAGAAGUUGUGUUCAAUGACGUCUAGUACAGCAAUUGCUGGUGAUUCUGCUAGUAAAUAGCCAGAGCUAGAUUGCUCUGUUUACUUAAUUAAGCAGCAAUCAAUUUAAUAAUUAACUAUAAUUAAAGUUUCGAAAUGCGGUUGUUUAUAAACAUAGCAAUCAGAUCUGACACCAUCAAGGGCUGGCAGUGCGGCUAAUCGCUUUUAGCUUGCAACAGGGUUUCUAGUUGUCAAUAACAGUAAUCGCCUACCAACUAGUAAUUUAGCGUGUGUGAGUGACAGGUUUCUUUUUGUUACAUAUAUACAUAUAAGUACAUCAUAUAAUCUUUAGUCAUAUCACAAAUGAAAAUAUGGACUUUCUCAAAGCAUUAGCUGUCAUAUUAUCAGGGCUUCACUGUAUUAAGUCGGCAUUUAGCCGGUUUAUCACUCCG